AUGGCUACUCGAAGAUGGGAACGCGACGACGAUGUGGCUCGAGAGGACGACGCUGACGGCGCAGCUGCUCGAGUUGAUGGUGCAACGGAUGCUAUGGAUGGAAGCAAAGAUGUUGAAGUGUCUGCUGCGUCAAGUCAAAAACGGCGUCGCAAUCUGCUACGGGAGUCGCACUUGGUCUCUGCUGAAGGCUUCCAGAAGGUCUACCGGACGUUCCCGUACCAAGCAAGUUCGAACGUCUCGGGCCGAGAAGCUUCGGCUCUGUCGUCGCUCAUUACGAUGUACAAACAGUGGGCAUAUGAUUUGUACCCGGGGCUGAACUUUGAAGAUUUCGUGGAUCGCACUGAGACGCUGGCAAAAGGUCAUCAAGUGCAGAGUCUAAUGGCCGAGAUGAGGGAGAAGGAGAGACGGAAGAAAGUCGAGACACGAUGCAGUGAGGACGAGGAAGGUAACGAACAUCAUCAAGACAAAGGAGAAGAAAGCAAAGGAGAAGGUGAAGAAGAAGAAGAGGAAAGUUAG